AUGCAAAGAUAUUGGAAUGUUCAAAGUAUACGGUGGUCGUCAAGUUCAAUUGAGAAGUUAGCUUCGUUAAAAGAAUGGGUUCUGUCACUCAAUGUGUCACGUAUUCCCCUAAAAGCAUUUGUUAUAAGAUACGACAGAUCUAGUGGACCAGGGGGACAGAAUGUUAACAAAGUGAAUAGUAAAUGCACGUUGACGCUAAAUUCUGUUUCCCAGUUUAAUUGGUUCCCCCUUGAGAUAAGGGAAAAUAUUAAAAAUGGUUCCUUCAGAUAUUAUAAUCGUUCAAGUGACUCUAUAGUAAUACAAUCCGAUCAAAUGCGUUCUAGAGAAUUGAAUAAGGAGCAAUGCCUGGUGAAACUUGUCGAGGAAAUCAAAAGGAGUUGUCAUUUUCCUGCCGAAACAGAAUCUUCAGUACUUGAUAAGUGGAAAAAGAUCAAAAGUAAGACUGAUGAAAAUAGACUUAGAAGUAAAAAAUAUAAAAGCGACAGAAAAAGUUUAAGGAAUAAGAAUGCAUUUGAUUAUUAA